UCGUCCUCCAGAGGCUCGACAUGGCAGGUGUUUUCCACUGGACGCGAGCCUGCGUGUUUCUGUGGCUCCUCUCAGCUGGAGUCGCGCCUGCAGACGCUGCACAGACGCCGAGAAGUUACUACGACAUCCUCAGUGUUGAGCAAACGGCCACAGGAAGCCAGAUCAAAAAGUCUUUUCGCAGACUGGCAGUGAGGUACCAUCCUGAUAAGAACAAGAGCACCGAUGCAGAGGGGCUUUUCCGGGAAAUUGUUGAAGCCUACUCGGUGCUCAAUGAUAAGGAGAAGAGGAAGCUGUAUGACCGUAUGGGCCACGAAGCUUUCCUAGAAAACGAGGCUGCUGACCCUGAAGAAAACGAGACCAGCUUCUUCUCCAGCUUCUCGGAGUUCCUCGUCGACCUCCGCCACAUCCUCUUAUCGGGGGAGCCGCACACCCACUGGAGCCUCUUCCAGGAUGAAGUUCCCCACGAACACUACACUGCUGGGACGCCCGACAGCUUUUAUUUUGAAGACAUGGAUGAAAACGAGGAGGAGUAUCUGUACUAGAUGUACUAACUAGAACACCCCUCCCUGUAUCAGCAUGUCGAUUAUGCUUUUAAUGUAUUUUUUUAUUGAUAAUAAAACCUCUGUAUUAA